AUGUCCGCUGCAUUAGUACUGAACGAGCCCACGGGCCAGAAUCCCAUCUCCUCCACCCCUGCUGCGCUCGACUCUGCGACUGCUCGCGGUGUCCACGACUCUCCCUCUUCAUCUAGCCCGGCAGCUGAGCACGUCCCCCCGAGCACGGAAAAGGUUGCCGUCGCUGCCGCCGCCGACUCCCUUUCUAGGCCGAGCGACACCGACGCGCAGGAAGGGAUUGCGAUCACCGGUGACGAUGACAAGAAAGACGACGAUGACGAUGGCGAUGACUGGUUUCCCAAGGGCCCACCCAUCCGCCCGACUGCUCACGGUACCGGCGGCGGCGGCGGAGUGCCCAAGGGAGUCAAAGGAUAG